ACCCUUCCUCCGCCGCCCUCCGCCCCUCAUCCGCCUAAAACCACCCCAUCUCCGCCCCAGAAGUACGUGCAUUCCACACUGACUAUGUGUGAGAGCAUGAAAGUAUAGAAACUAGUAAAAAAGAUCCAUUGGGAAAAUGGCGAGCAAAGAGACCUGUAGACAAGAGCUCCGCACAGCAAUCCGCCAACUCAGUGACCGCUGCCUCUACUCCGCCUCCAGAUGGGCAGCGGAGCAGUUGGUGGGGAUUGAGCAAGACCCAGCAAAGUACACCCCGUCACAUACGAGAUUCCAGCGCGGCAGCUCCAGCAUUCGCCGGCGGUUUCGCACUGACGGCGCCGGGGAUGCUGCGGCAGCCUUUAACUCCACUCCCGUUGCCGGCGUGUCAUUUAUAUCUACCCCACUGGCUUCUGAGGAGGAAAACGACGCCGUGGAGAGUGAUUUUUAUUUGUUGGCGAAGUCUUAUUUCGAUUGCAGGGAGUAUCGGAGAGCAGCCCAUGUGCUCCGCGAGCAGACUAGCAAGAAAGCUGUGUUCUUGCGCUGCUAUGCGCUAUAUUUGGCUGGUGAAAAGCGCAAGGAAGAGGAGACGAUGGAACUAGAGGGACCUUUAGGGAAGAGUGAUGCUGUAAAUAAAGAACUAAUUUCACUUGAGAGGGAGUUGUCAGGACUUCGCAAGUGUGGAACAAUUGACUCGUUUUGUCUUUUUCUGUAUGGUCUCGUUCUCAAGGAAAAAGGCAAUGAGGGUCUUGCUCGGGUUGUUCUUGUAGAGUCUGUAAACAAUUACCCUUGGAACUGGAGUGCUUGGUCUGAGCUGCAGUCACUGUGUACUACAGUUGAAAUACUGAAUGGUCUUCAUCUCGUUAACCAUUGGAUGAAAGACUUCUUUCUUGCCAACGCGUAUCAGGAACUUCGUUUGCAUAACGAGUCAUUGGCAAAAUAUGAAUAUAUACAAGGAACUUUCAGUUUCAGCAAUUACGUACAGGCUCAAAUUGCUAAAGCUCAGUAUAGUCUGAGGGAAUUUGAACAAGUUGAAGUUAUAUUUGAGGAACUUCUGAGGAAUGACCCGCACAGAGUUGAAGACAUGGAUAUGUAUUCCAAUGUGCUUUAUGCAAAGGAGUGUUUCUCAGCUUUGAGUUACCUUGCACAUAGAGUAUUUUUGACGGAUAAAUAUAGACCAGAAUCUUGUUGUAUAAUUGGAAACUAUUACAGUCUCAAGGGGCAGCAUGAGAAGUCAGUUAUGUAUUUUAGAAGGGCGCUUAAAUUAAAUAAGAAUUAUUUAUCAGCUUGGACAUUAAUGGGUCACGAAUAUGUUGAGAUGAAAAACACCCCAGCAGCUGUUGAUGCCUAUCGGAGGGCCGUAGAUAUUAAUCCGUGUGAUUAUCGGGCCUGGUAUGGGUUGGGCCAGACAUAUGAGAUGAUGGGAAUGCCCUUUUAUGCACUGCAUUACUUUAAGAAGUCAGUGUUCUUGCAGCCAAAUGAUUCUCGGUUGUGGAUUGCCAUGGCUCAGUGUUACAAAUCAGAAGAGCUUCACAUGCCUGAGGAGGCAAUUAAGUGUUUCAAAAGGGCUGUGAAUUGUAAUGACCGGGAAGCGAUUGCACUUCAUCAGCUAGCCAAGUUGCACCGAGAACUUGAUCGUUUUGAAGAGGCAGCAUUUUACUACAAGAAGGAUUUGGAGAGGAUGGAAGCUGAAGAAAGGGAAGGGCCAAACAUGGUUGAAGCUCUGUCUUUUUUGGCCAGAUAUUGCAAAGAUCAGAAGAGGUUUGAAGAAGCAGAGGUGUAUUGUACCCGUCUUCUAGAUUAUACUGGCCCGGAAAAGGAAGAAGCAAAAAGUCUUCUUCGAGGGAUAAGAUCUGCCAGGGAUGUUGAGCUCUUUCCGCCUUAAGUUCUCUCCUUCAUACCUUACAUGCAAAUAGAAAUCAUGAAAGAGUUAUGGAAAUUGGGUUUCAGAUAAUUGACUGACGUGAAAAAAAGGUUGAAGAGCUCACAUGAAACAGCAAGUAUUUAGGUGGCAGAACUUCUAUUGCUGUUGUUUACUUGUUAAAGUACUGACAGUUUCCUGUCAGAAAUUUGUUGCAGUCUUUUCACAAUCUACUAUUUGUUUAUCCUUAUUCUUUACAAGAAGUAGUCACUCUUAUUGGGACCGUAUUUUUAUUUACUGGAAGAUGGUAACUUGUAAGUGCACUCCCCUUCAGUAAAGUGAAUGCAUUCUCUUUGUCCCAUAUCCCCCCUUCCCCAACAGAAAAACCAUCAUCUCAUCAAGGUAGCUUUCAAAAAGAAUCGGAUCCUUUUCAGUUGGUGAAA